CCGAAACGGGAAGUACAAGAAUUCUACUUUCCGACAGAAGAUUUAUCCAGGCUCCGGCGAUAAAGAGGAGAAGCAGGAGAUAAAACCUAUGACGACAGUCAGUCUCCGCAAGCAAAACACGAGGCUCCCACCAGAAGUAAACCGCGUGCUGUACGUCCGCAACCUCCCCUUCAACAUAACGAGCGAGGAGAUGUACGACAUCUUCGGCAAGUACGGCGCGAUCCGCCAGAUUCGGAUCGGCUGCAACAAGGACACGAAAGGCACGGCCUUCGUCGUCUACGAGGACAUCUACGACGCGAAACAAGCCGUGGACCAUCUCUCCGGGUUCAACGUCGCGAACCGGUACCUGAUCGUGCUCUACUACCAGCACGCGAAGAUGAGCAAGAAGUUCGACCAGAAGAAGAACGAGGAAGAGGUCGCCAAGUUGCAGGAGAAGUACGGUGUCUCCACCAAAGAUAAGUAAACACGUGUGUACUCGAUUCGAUUCUGCGAUUUAGGGUUUCAAUUGGGGAAAAAAAAAUCGAACCUUUUUUGCUUAAUCUUGGCAUGUAUGUUGAACCAAUCAAUGAAAAAUACCCUUUUGAGUUCCAA